UGGUACAAACCUGCGCAUAGGAGUGAACAGGCCGUGCCCCGUGUCUACUUUAGCACAAAAUUGGACCUAGACGAAGUGCUUUAAAUUGGCAAAAUACACCUUUGGAUUGUUCACACAAUCUCUGUAUAAAUGGCGUUUAAAAAUGACCUGAAACGGCUCGCGAUGCCCUAUUACUGGGUAAAUUUGCUGCUCACAUUUUCUUACAUCCUUGGCAAGAAAAUUGUUCCGAUUUGCGAGCUCAUCUUCCCAGACAAGACUGAGUGCGGCGAGAUUGACAUGCGAGAAAGUGAAAUUUUAUUUUUCCUGCUCAUCGUGGUCGUGAUGAGAGCAAGAAAGACUGGCAGCAUGUCCAUGGUUAGCUAUCUUUCUUCAAGUUUCAUCUACACCAAAGGGGCAAACCUUAUUCUGUGGUUCUAUUCCGACACCAAACUUGGAAUUGCCUACGGAGCAAUUUUCAUACUGGUUGGACUUCUUCUUCCCGAACCAACAUAUAAAGGCCCAGAAAAUGUGACCUAUUUCCGAGGCACUGACUUGGAGGAAGAGAUCAAGAGAGACAAACGCAUCACUUGGAUCGUAACUUUUUAUACAGCCUGGAACCCAAGCUGCGUAAAUUUCGCACCAAUUUUUGCUGAACUUUCCAACCAGUAUGGUCUUGAAAAUCUUCGGUUUGCCAAAGUCGACAUUGGUCGUUUUCCGGAAGUAGCCAAGCGCUUUAGAAUAGAUGACUCUUCUCUCAGUCGCCAGCUGCCCACUGUGAUUCUUUUUAAGGAUGCUAAGGAGCACAUCAGACGCCCUGAUAUUGACACCAGCAACAAGCUGCACAAAUUUUAUUUCUCCGAAGACAAUGUGAAGGCUGCUUUUGAUCUGAAUAACAUUUACAACGAGAGCAAAAAUAAUCCGCUGAAGUCACCCAAGAAGAGCAAAAAGUUACAGAAUGGUACUGAGGACGAUCACAUUAAGUCUGAAUAAACUAAUUAUUAAGAAUGUGUGCGCCUGAAACACCCUAGAAAUUGUUACGUCUCUACGACAUAGUCACCAAUAUAUUAAUUAUUAUUAUAAGUUAAAAUGGCUUGUUGUCUGCUUUUUUACAAAUGAUUUCCAUCAGUUUUCCCACCUGACUGUUUAAAAGUUGUUAAUAUCAGUAUGAAAAAUGAGUGGUAGGUUGUAGGUUCACGGCAGGUUGUCAAAUUAAGAGUUCAUAAAGUUUAUUAAAUUUCUGAGUUGAAAUCCUACUGCUUGCCAUGUCUUGCCCCAUUCAUAGCAAAAUUCACUUUUCUCGAAGCAAAAUCUGUAAAUUAAAAUUUGAUCCGUCCAGCCCAAAAAAGAAACUACUGGGGUUUGCAGGAUUUGAAACAGGCAAUUUAGCAUAAAUUUGUUGCAAGUGCUAGCAACCAUUAUAUAAUAUUGAUCCAUUACACAAAGUAUUGUAUAGCAAUUGUGCUUUUUUUAAUAAGAACCUGAUUUAACCUCAUUGAAAAGAGGAAAAAAAAUAUUUUUUCAAUGAGGAUACGCCCAGUAAAAUCUUUUCAUGAUAUCCACGUUAUCCACCUCCUGUGUAUUUUUGUGAAAAUCAAUGCCACAUUAUUUAGUCGUAUUAAUUUGUGAAGAAAAGUAAACGAAAUAAACAUAAUUCAUGAAU